AUGGGUAAAGGCAAGAACCCUGACAAGGACAAGGAAGAAUUAAGUGUUCCAGUGCCCCCGGAUGGAGGAUGGGGAUGGAUGGUUGUGUUUGGCUCCUUUGCUCUUCAUAUUAUUGCCGAUGGAAUCGUUUACUCAUUUGGAGUGUUCUACAUUGACUUUCUGGAGUACUUCAAGGGAGGCAAAGGAGAGACAUCUUGGGUCGGUUCUCUUGUGCCUGGAGUAACACUCACUGUUGGACCCAUCGCAAGUGCCCUUACAAAUCGUUAUGGUUGUCGUGUGGUGACAAUAGCUGGUGCCUUGGUUGCUUCGCUUGGCUUCAUUCUCAGUCUCUUUGCCCCAAACAUCUAUUACCUCUAUUUCUCAUUUGGUAUAAUGUCUGGUCUGGGAUUUGGACUCAUGUACCUUCCCGCUAUUGUCAGUGUGGGACACUACUUUGAGAAAAAACGUGCCUUUGCCACUGGAAUAGCAGUAUGCGGUUCUGGAGUGGGAACUUUUAUUUUUGCUCCUCUUUCCAAGCUUUUGUUAGACGAAUAUACUUGGCGUGGGGCUACUCUAAUUGAGGCAGGAAUCAUUCUCAAUUGCAUAAUUUUUGGAUUUUUAUUUAGACCUUUGUUACCUUCAAAGCAAGGGAAAACAAAAUAUGAUGUUGAAGCAAAUGGCAAAAGUGAAAAAGAGGCACUUAUGAAGGAAAAUGAGGAAGGAAAACGAAACUCUUCCCUUCAAAUUCCGUCUGUGACCUUGACAACGGAACCAAGUUCACCCUCAUCCGUUGUGGCUUUUGAUGCGAAUAAAAUUCUUGGCAGGGUUCAAGUUGAGGAGAAUGGAUUAGCACAAAUGGUAAGAAGUGAUGGUGCUCUUCAUAAAAUGAAUGGGUACUUAUCAUCCCCUCCGAAUUCUCCUACAAGUAAUGUGGCCCCUGUGGUCCUUCGCUCAGGAACAUUCAGACGUCAACAUUCCACCAUGUCAUCCUCUAGCCAUCUGUCACCUCUUGCUCGUAAAGACAUUUUCUACAGCGGGAGUUUGAUCAACAUUCCUCAGUACAAAUCCAACCCUGAUCUUUAUGUGACCAGUGUUCUCUCCAUUCCAGAACAAGUUGCAAAUGAAAAUGAUUGGUGUAUUUUCCGAUGUUUAAAUCUUUCUCCAGAAGUACGAGAUGCAGUGAGACAGAUGCUAGAUUUCUCGCUUCUAAAGGAUCCUAUUUUUCUGAUGUUUGUUGUGUCCAACUUUUUCACAAGUAUCGGUUUCAACAUGCCAUAUAUUUACCUGCCGGACAGGGCAUUAGAAUCAGGUAUUUCAAAAACAGAUGCUGCGUUACUGGUGUCUGUGAUUGGGAUUGCUAACACUAUUGGUCGAGUUGUGUUUGGAUGGAUGGCAGACCAGAAGUGGGUGAAUCGUUUGAUGCUGUAUAACACAGCCCUAACGAUCUGUGGUGUUGCCACUGCAUUGAGUCCUCUACAUAACAGCUUUGAGUUCCUGUUGUGUUAUGCUGCAGUCUUCGGAGCCUUUAUUGGUGUCUAUGUAGGACUUACUUCUGUGGUGUUGGUGGACUUACUGGGGCUCGACAAGCUGACCAACUCCUUUGGACUGUUGCUUAUGUUUCAGGGAGUAGCCACUCUGAUUGGUCCACCUAUUGCAGGCUGGCUGUAUGAUGCUACAGGUAGUUACGAUGUUUCAUUCCAGCUGUGUGGGACUAUCGUAGCCAUCAGUGGCUUCAUGCUGUAUUUUAUUCCAUUAGUUCAGAAAUGUCUUGGUCGUGAAGGAAUGGCUGGAAAAGGUGUCGAGUUGACUGUUACAGUGGACAGUAACGAAGUGGAGGGGGACCAAUGA